AUGGACGCCGCUUCUUGGAACCCCCAAGACCAGGGUUUGGCACCCAACCACGAUGAAGACUUUCAACAGUUUUUGGACAUGGGCGGGAUGGGAAACCUUAGCGACACAAUGCCCUUCGACUUCCACGACUACCAGGGCGGGAAUGGCUCCGGAAUGAUGCACCAGGCCGGGCACGAGCACCUUGACACCCAAAUGGGAGGAACCGACACAUCCAUGGUAAUGGGAAAUGACAGCUCAACCCUCCAGUCGCAGCUCAUCAACAUGACAACCGCCGCCUCACAUCCUGCCGUACCGGCCCAGAUGAUCCCCCCCGCGCCGACGGAUGCUAUCACGGAAAUUGAUGCCCAGAUCCAAUAUCUCCAACAGCAACGGAUGCAGCAGCAGCAUCGCCAGAUGCAGGAACAGCAGGUCGCAUACUACACCACCCGGUCACAUGCUGUUCCGCCAACACCUCAAAGUCUCGAGAUGCCGCCCGCCAGCAACCAGUUUUACUUGACAGAGCAGGCUCACACCCCCAUGUUCGGCAGCAGAUAUCAGCGGAUGAAGGAACAGCAGGAUAUGUCCUUCACCCCAUUGGUCUCACCAGCAGUGACCCCAUUGGAUCCCCAUUUUCAGAUGGAAGCCGGCGGAUACGCCAUUCCCAGCGCAUACUUCAGCCCUCUCACAUCACCAGCACUCCAUGCACAAAGCGACCAAGGCCUCGUGUAUGACGGCCGGUUGUCGCUCUCGGCCCACAACUCACCGGCCGAGAUGGAAGUCGAGACGACUACGCAGUCUCCGGGGGUCGACCUGGCAAAGAAGGCACGCAAGACCAACACCUCGAGAGCAAAGGCAAAGAGCAGUGUGCGACAGUCGCCCAUCUCGAAGCCUCAACGUAAGAAGUCUACAGCCACGCCCAAGAUGGUUUCACAGGCUCUCCGGGAAGUGAACGAAGACCCUCUGGAACAGAUGCUGCCUUCAACUGCUCUGCCGGGCCUCAUGAGCAGUGAAGAGUCGGAAAAUGCGUCAGUGUCGCCGGAGAAUAUCUCAGACAUGCCACCGCCGCCCCUUCCCCAGCCGAAACAGUCAAGCAAAUCGCCAUUCAUCCAACCUCAGCCUCAGCUUCACCCCCAGCCCGCGGUACCGGCUCACGUACAAGGCAAGCCCUCUCCUGCUACGCCGGCCUCUCUCAUGAAGCUUCCCGCUUCCAGCGCGAACAACUCAGCUUCGUCAAAUCCCCAAGACCUGGGAAUGUCAGAUAACAUCGAGUCGUUCGAGCUACCCGAGUCCGUUAACUUUACUACACGACCACAGCCCCCGAAACUGGACAUGCCCACGCCCACGCAGUCAUUGUCAGACCCUGGCUCGGCGAGGACCUCGUCACUCCAGCCGCUCCCUUCGCCAACCUUCGCAAAACCCACUGCCGCUGCUUCAGCAAGCGCGAGCCCUAACCUAGCUCCCGGUUCGACAGGUCCAGCGGCACGGAAAACGCCGAAACUUGUGGCCAGAGGUGCCCAGGGCAAGAGAGGCAGCGUCAGCUCAGUGCACGUCUCCCCCGCGUUGCGACCGAGGAUAUCACCCAGCAUCAAGCCGCUCCUGCCGGGAACACCCGGCAGUAUGUCUGCUGAAGAUACGGCAUCUCGUCUGUUGGCAUCCAAGUCCAAUUACCAGAACAUUAUCGAGGGCAACACUGUGCCCGGCGUGACGUAUCCCAGCGAGCUGUCCACCAACCUCACAUCGAAACGCACUUCCCACAAAAUUGCUGAGCAGGGCCGCCGGAACCGCAUUAACUCGGCCUUGCAAGAAAUGGCAACGUUGUUGCCUCAGCCACCGAAGGAUUGCAAAACUGAGGCGGAAGAAAGGAAGGAGAGAGAAAAAGAGGCCAAGACCGGCGGCGCCCCGAAUAGCAAGGCCAGCACUGUCGAGCUGGCGAUCGAGUACAUCAAGCAGCUGAAGCAAGAAGUCGCCGACGCAAACAAACGAGCCGAGGAGGCCGAGAAGAAGCUGGAGCUGCAUGCGAAGGCGGUGCAGAGAGAGACCGUAUAG